AUGGAUUCUUUGGGUUUAUUUCUAGAAAAUACACUAGAAGAAAGUAGUGAAGAUGAUGACCACAUCGAACUCAGCAGAAAUCCAGGAAGCCAAGUGGUUGAGAAAGGCCAUGAAUAUGAAUGUGGUAAUCAGUGUCAUGGAAACCGGGAACCUGUUCCAGAGAAUAUGGUUAAUAAAGACACGACUCCUGCAAAAACAGCAAAUGACAGCAGAUCGCAUGUAGGCAACCUAAUUGGACAUUCGCCCUCACAAGUGUAUGUCAGAGACAAAGCUAGAGGGAAAGACUCUCAGUGUCAGGAAACUGUGGCAAAGUCUUGUAUACAUCAGAAAGAUCUGGAAAAUAGUCCUGAACCACUUCAGGUACUUCAAACGUCUAGGGAGAAACCUUAUAAGUGGCAACAGUAUGAGGGAGCAGGUAGCAGUCUUGCUUCCUGUCAGUCUCAUGAGAGCACAGGAGGCAGAGAGGAACUCAACUGGACCAUGCUAAGGAGAUGCACAUAUGGCCAGAAAGAUGAUGGACUCCAUACAGAAUUGAAACCAUAUGAGCAUAAGCACUGUGAAGAAGCCUUCCUCGACUCCAGUAGCCUCAUCAACCAUGGAAAAUGUCAUAUCGGAGAGAAGACUUACAUUUGUAAGCAGUGUGGAAAAACCUUCAAGUAUGCAAAGAGUUUUGAGAAACAUAAAGUAACUCACGCAGAAAUGAAGCCUUAUGCAUGUAAGCAUUGUGGGAAAGCCUUCACCCGCUCCGGUAAUCGUAACGUUCAUGAGAGCAGCCACUCUGCAGACAAGUCCUAUGCAUGUAAUCAUUGUGGGAAAACCUUCACCACUUCCAGUUCUUGUACCAUUCAUGAAAGAAUUCACACUGGAGAGAAGCCGUAUGUGUGUAGGUAUUGUGGCAAAACCUUUGCCGUUCCGAGCUCUCGUAACACUCAUGAACGAACUCACACUGGAGAGAAGCCGUACUCGUGUAAGCACUGUGAAAGAACCUUCUCCAGUGCCAGCUGGCGUAACGCUCAUGAGAAGGGUCACACGGGACAGAAGCCUUAUGCAUGCAAGCACUGUGAAAAAACCUUCUUCAGCUCUGGUUCUUGCAACUCUCAUGAAAGAAGUCACUCUGGAGUGAAACCCUUUGCUUGUAAAACAUGUGGGAAAACGUUCCUUCUCGCACACCAUCUUAUCAUGCAUGAAAGAACUCACACUGGAGAGAAGCCUUAUGCUUGUGAGCAUUGUGGGAAAGCCUUCACAAGUUGCAGUUGGCGUAACACUCAUGAAAGGGCACACAAUAUGAAGAAGCCCCUUGCAUGUAGGCACUGCGGGAAAACUUUUACCGUACCUAGUCUGCGUAACAUUCAUGAAAUAAUUCACAAGGUAAAGAAGUCUUAUGCCUGUAAGCAUUGUGGGAAGUCUUUCAACACUUCCAAGCGCUGUAAAAUUCAUGAAAACACACACACUAGAGAGAAGGUUUAUGCAUGUAUGCAUUGUGAGAAAACCUUCACCAGUUCUUAUUAUCGUAAUAUUCAUCAAAGAAUCCACACCGGAGAGAAGCCUUACUCGUGUAAGCACUGUGGCAAAGCCUUCACCCGCUCCCUUUAUCGUAACAGGCACGAAAAAAUUCACACCGGAGAGAAGCCUUAUGCGUGUGAGCAUUGUGCAAAAACCUUCUCUACUUCUUAGUAUGCUAACAUUCAUGAAAGAAUUCACUCUGGAAAGAAACCUAGCACAUGUCAGCACUGUGGAAAAGCCUUCAGUAGUUCUUUUCGUCUUAAUAGGCAUGAAAAAACUCACUCUGAAAAGAAGCCGUAUGCGUGUAAGCAUUGUGGGAAAGCCUUCACCUCAGCCAGUUACCAUGACAUUCAUGAAAGGUGUCACACUGGAGAGAAGCCUUACUACACAUGUAAGCAUUGUGGGAAAACUUUUGCCACUUCCAGUUGGCGUGACACUCAUGAAAGACUUCAUACGAGACAGUAGGCUAAUGAAUGCAAACAUGUGGGAAGGCCCUCGCAAGUUCCAUGGCCACAGGAAUCAGGAAAGGAUUCACACUGUCGAGAAACUGUCGAUUACCAUGUGGGAAACUGUUUCGUUGUUCUCAUCAUUCAACCAAGUAUAACAUCUCACAUUGGAGAGGAAUGUUACCACUGCGGGAAAAACCUUCACGACUUCAAGUGUCUGUGACAUUCAUGGAACAACUCACACUAGAUAGAAGCCUUGUGCAUGUAAGCACCGUGCAAAAGCUCUCAGCAGUUGCAGCUGCUGUAAAAGUCAUGAAAGAAAUUCAGCCUGAAGGCAAGCCUUGAAGGCGUAACUGUGGGGAAAAGCCUUGAGCAGCCAUAGUUCCUAUUGCACUCAUAAAGUAAUUUCACAGUGGUGGGGAACUUGAUCCUUGGAACAAAUGU